UAGAGCGGGGCAGUCCAAAAAAAUAGUCGCUGUCGUUUUUGUGCAUGUUGUUGUCAAUGUCGUCCGUUCACGGAGUUUUUCCCCAAUUAUUCACAUUCGAGCUGCGGAGUACAACGUGACUUUUGUAAUGUCUUUGUAAUGCCUGAAACUUUCGCAAGGAGAGUGAGUCUACUUUAUUCGAUUCCAGCAUUGUUUUGAAGUUGUGUAUGACCGGAAGUAACACAGUAACACUGGAAUGAGCAAGUCAAAAGAUGGAGAUGUUGGGGUUGCGAUAGAAGACUACCUCAAUCGUGCGAACAGACCUUACAGUGCCAUUGAUGUAUUCAACAACCUACACAAAGAGUUUGGAAAAACAGCUGUUGUUCGAGCUCUGGAGGAUCUGGCUGAAAAUGGAAAAAUCAAAGAGAAGAUUUACGGAAAGCAGAAAGUGUAUUUCGCUGAUCAGAGUCAGUUUCCUGCAGUGGAUGAGUCUGAGCUGAAGAGCAUGGACGCUGAAAUCAAUGAUCUCACUGGCAAGUUACAGAUGUCACAAAGCACUUGUAAGCAGCAGGAAAAUGAGUUGAGAAAGAUUGACAGCUCAAUGAGUACAGAAGAUGCCAAGCAACGACUGGAACAAGUCAAUCAAGAGAUCGAGCACAAUAAAGAGAGGUUGACUACCAUCAAAUCUAUGACCAAUCAUGUCACUCCACAAGAGAAGGAAAGGAUUUAUGCCAAUCAGACCAAAUAUGUCAAAGAGUGGAAGAAGAGAAAACGAAUGACAAUGGAUAUAGUCAACGCCAUCCUAGAAGGGUAUCCUAAGACAAAGAAACAAUUAUUUGAGGAUGUUGGAUUAGAAACAGAUGAAGAAUAUAAUGUGACCGUCCCAAGCUAAGCAGCACCAUCAUAAAAAGGUAACCUGGUGGUGGUUAGGCCUCAAGAUGACAGCCUGAAAUAUCUCGUCAAACUUGCUUGAGACGUCCCACGGAGCCCUACCAUAGAAGGUAGAUAAAUGUCCACAGUUCAACCAACUAAAGCUUCAUUGAGUAGCUUUCCCGAGUGACGGUACUGGAUGCUAGCCUUUUGUCAAGACCUAUGUGGCUUGAACAGCUUCGUACAGCUGCGAUCCAAAGCAACUGGAAGAGGAGUGAGUCAAGUGGUACAACCAAGAGGGCCUUUUGAAUCUUGACUUUUGUUACAAAAAAAUAGUUCAUACUCUAUAAAUAAUUCAUAAAAAAA